CAUGUCUGAAUUCCAGAUUCUCUUCAUUUAGGUAAAACUGUGUUGGAAACUUCCUGUACUUUAAACUAUCAAAAAAAAAUUUAAAAAGGAAAGAAAGGAAAAAUCAGAAAAGAAACAAGCAACAUCCAGCACUGGAUCUUUCUACGUUCAGGAUCUCAGCACUAAAACUGGAGAUGUUAAAACAAUGAAAAACUCCCUCCCUCUGGAGCACUGCAUUGCAGCCAUGACAUCUGCUCUGGUCAUCCAUGGAACGUAUGUUGCAGACUGCUGCUGAACUGUUAUGACAUGUCUCUAGCAAUCAGAAAGAAAAGCUGGGAAGAGCAUGUGACCCAGUGGAUGGGAUUGGCUUUGGAGUCUGUGGAGUAUAAUACAGCAUGUCGUCAUGGACUCGUAGCUGAUAACUUGCAGACAAGUAUGGAAAAAGAUGAGGUUUUGGAAGUGGACCGGAAAGAAAAAUGCACUUCAUUUCCAGAAUGCUGUGGAGAGCUGAUUGGCUUCCCUGCAAAACAGCUGGGAAGUGUUUCAAAGGAGGUGGAUGAAAAUUAUAAUCAUGAGGAUGAAGAGCAUUUUCUGGAGGCCAGCACAGAAACUCUAGUCCAUGUGUCUGAUGAUGAUGAUGACUACCCAGCACUUCACCUGGUUAGUGUUGAUUACCAUAUCACUGCCACAGAAAAAGAACCAGGUGAUGAAGAAAAGAGUUUAAGUGGAGCAGGCUCCUUAACAGAGAUGGUACUAAUAACCGAGGCUAACAAGGCAGCUGAAGUAUGUGGAAUAACUGAAGAUAUAAGAAAGGAACCUGGCUGUGCUACAGGUCCUAAAGAGGAGAAGGAAGAAGAUGUUUGUAGCAGUAUUGGCCAAAGCCUGGAGCUUUGUAAUUAUGAAAGCUUAAAUAAAGUAGUAGAUGUAGAAGAAGAAAAUUGUUCUAAUUCUCAAAAUGUGAAAGAAAUUAUUAUGCCUGAGAAGCAGCUGCUUCAUAGUGCUGUAAUUGCACAACAGCGACGGAAAUCUGAUGCUUUUAAAGAUGGGCUUGGAAAGUCUGACUGUAAUGUGGUAGAGAGUGGGAUUUCUUCUGAAUCAUGCAACAGCAAUGAUAGACAAUUGUGUUCAUCAGUGGAAUCCAGUGACUGCCUUAUACCAACUUCUCCUUCCACUUGCAUUCCAGUGGUAGAAAAUGGUCUGGAUGAAAGUAUUUUCACAGAACCUCAAGUGAUCUCUGAAAACAAAUGCCUUUCAAAUGCCAGUUCAGCAGAAGACAUUCAGUGUUUACAUGUGAGGAAUCAUUUGACCACACAAGAAUAUCCAGACAGUCAAGUGAAACUACGCAAAAGAAAGGAGAUAACAGAAGAUUGGGAUCGAUCACGACUGGAUUCAAUGGUGCUGUUAAUUAUGAAACUGGACCAGCUUGACCAGGAUAUUGAAAAUGCUCUCAGUGUAGGCUCUUCCCCAUCCAGCACCCCAACAUACAAACGGAGGCAUAUACCUGAUGUUGAAUCUGGUUCUGAAAGUGGAGUGGAUGUUGCUUCAGUAAGCCACUCACAAACAAACUUGUCUCCUAGCAUCCAUGCUCCUGACCUAGCAUCUCCCUGUUUGGUAGCCAGCUCUGGAGCUAAGCCAAAGACUGGGGCUAUGCCAGUUAUUUCAGAGAAGGAGAAGGCUGAAAUCGAGGCCAAGGAAGCUUGUGACUGGCUACGGGCUGCUGGGUUCCCACAGUACGCACAGCUUUAUGAAGAUCUCCUUUUUCCAAUUGACAUUGCUCUAGUCAAGCGAGAGCAUGACUUCCUGGACAGAGAUGCUAUUGAGGCAUUAUGCAGGCGCUUAAAUACUUUAAACAAAUGUGCAGUGAUGAAGCUAGAAAUUAGUCCCCACAGGAAGAGGAGCGAAGACUCGGAUGAAGAUGAACCUUGUGCUAUAAGCGGCAAAUGGACUUUCCAGAGGGACAGCAAGAGGUGGUCGAGGCUUGAAGAGUUUGAUGUGUUUCCUCCAAAACCGGACUUGAAUACCUCCUCCCUGGAAGCUCCUCACCUUACUAACACAGCAAGCCGUGAGAGCGUGCUAACAGAUCUCAGUGAGCGCCAGGAGGUGGCUUCCAUUCUGAGCACCAGCAGCACCAGCAGCCACCAACCAACUCUGCAGAGUGAGGCAUCUACCACCAGGACAAACUCUGUCGUGAGCGUUUGUUCCUCAAGCAAUUUUGUAGCGAAUGAUGACUCAUUCAGCAGCCUGCCUUCGCCCAGGGAGCUGAAUAGCUUCAGCUUCAACACAAAAGCCAAUGAGAAGAACACCAAGUCUAAAACAAAGAGCCUGCUCAAGAGAAUGGAGAGCCUGAAAAUCAAGAGCUCUCACCAUAGCAAGAGCAAGGCUCCUUCAAAGCUUGGCCUUAUUAUUAGCGGACCCAUCCUGCAGGAGGGCAUGGAUGAAGAUAAACUAAAGCAACUUAACUGUGUGGAGAUUUCUGCCCUCAACGGCAAUCACAUCAGCCUGCCCAUGGUACGAAAGAGAAGCGUCUCCAAUUCCACCCAAACCAGCAGCAGCAGCAGUCAGUCAGAGACAAGCAGUGCUGUCAGCACACCCAGUCCUGUCACACGGACACGCAGCCUCAGUGCCUACAACAAAAGGGUAGGCAUGUACCUGGAAGGCUUCGACCCCUUCAACCAGUCGACGUUCAGUGACGUGAUGGAGCAGAACUUCAAGAACCGGGGAAGCUUUGCAGAAGACACUGUGUUUUUUAUCCCCGAAGAUCAUAAGCCUGGCACUUUUCCCAAAGCACUCUCCAAUGGCAACUUCUCCCCAACAGAAGGCAAUGCAUCUGUGAACUGGAGGACAGGGAGUUUCCAUGGACAUGGCCAUCUUGCUCUUCGGAGGGAAAACAGUGGUGACAGCUCCAAAGAACUGGGCAUGGGGAAAAGGCGCAACUCCUCCAGCUCAGUGAGCAGCCGCCUGAGCAUUUAUGACAAUGUGCCAGGCUCGAUCCUGUAUUCCAGUACGAGUGACCUAGCCGACCUCGAAAAUGAAGACAUAUUCCCAGAACUAGACGACAUCCUGUACCAUGUCAAAGGCAUGCAGAGAAUAGUAAACCAAUGGUCAGAGAAGUUCUCAGAUGAAGGAGACUCUGACUCGGCGCUUGAUUCCAUCUCCCCAUGUCCGUCCUCUCCAAAGCAGAUCCACCUCGAUGUAGAUAACGAUCGAACAACACCAAGUGACCUGGAUAGUACGGGCAAUUCACUAAUCGAAACAGAGGAGCCCACAGGGAUGCAGGACAGGAGGGACUCUGGGGUGGGCGCAUCGCUGACACGUUCCAGCAGGCACAGGCUGAGGUGGCACAGCUUCCAGAGCUCCCACCGGCCCAGCCUCAGCUCAGCGUCACUGCAGAUCAACUCCCAGUCCGUGACACAGAUGAACCUGCUGCAGAAGUACUCUCUUCUGAAGCUGACUGCUCUCCUGGAGAAGUACACACCUUCCAAUAAGCAUGGUUUCAGCUGGGCAGUGCCAAAAUUUAUGAAAAGGAUAAAGGUGCCGGACUAUAAAGACCGAAAUGUGUUUGGGGUACCGCUGCAAGUCAACGUCCAGCGCACGGGGCAGCCUCUCCCACAAAGCAUCCAGCAAGCCAUGCGGUACCUCCGCAACCACUGCCUGGAUCAGGUUGGACUGUUUAGGAAAUCUGGAGUCAAAUCAAGAAUUCAGGCUUUGCGUCAAAUGAAUGAAAGUUCAGCAGACAGUGUCAACUACGAAGGCCAGUCUGCUUACGAUGUAGCAGACAUGUUAAAGCAAUUCUUCCGUGAUCUCCCUGAGCCUCUCAUGACCAACAAACUCUCCGAGACCUUCUUGCAGAUAUACCAGUAUGUGCCAAAGGAUCAGCGUCUCCAGGCUAUCAAGGCUGCCAUUAUGCUUUUACCCGAUGAGAACAGGGAGGUCCUCCAGAUUCUUCUCUAUUUCCUGAGUGAUGUCACAGCAGCAGUGAAGGAAAACCAGAUGACACCAACAAACCUGGCUGUCUGCUUAGCACCUUCCCUCUUCCAUUUAAACACUCUCAAAAGAGAGAAUUCUUCCCCAAGGGUAAUGCAAAGAAAACCAAGCCUGGGAAAACCUGAUCAGAAAGACCUGAAUGAAAAUCUGGCUGCAACCCAAGGGCUAGCUCAUAUGAUUGCUGAAUGCAAGAAGCUCUUUCAGAUACCCGAAGAAAUGAGCAGGGGCCGGAACUCAUACACAGAGCAGGACCUACGUCCCCUCAGCCUGGAGGAACUCCGGGGUGGCAGCAGCACUGCUGAACCCUCCGACUACCACUGCUACCUCCAGGACUGCGUGGACGACUUGUUUAAAGAGAUGAAGGAGAAGUUUAAAGGGUGGGUCAGCUGCUCCACCUCAGAGCAAGCAGAGCUGGCCUACAAGAAGGUAUGCGAAGGUCCUCCCCUCCGGUUAUGGAAAACUACCAUUGAAAUCCCAGCUACACCAGAGGACAUUUUAAAUCGUUUACUUAAAGAACAGCACCUGUGGGAUGAAGAUCUUAUAGAUUCAAAAGUAAUCGAACCUUUGGAUAGCCAGACAGAUAUAUACCAGUAUGUCCAGAACAGCAUGGCACCUCACCCAGCCAGGGACUUUGUAGUCUUAAGAACGUGGAGGACAAACUUCCCCAAAGGAGCUUGUGUGCUUCUAGCAACUUCAGUGGACCAUGACCGUGCUCCGGUGGCAGGUGUUAGAGUCAAUGUGCUCCUCUCUAGAUAUCUGAUUGAGCCCUGCGGGUCAGGAAAAUCUAAACUUACCUACAUGUGCAGAAUUGAUUUAAGGGGCCACAUGCCAGAAUGGUACACCAAGUCUUUUGGACACUUGUGUGCAUCUGAAGUCGUUAAGAUACGAGACUCUUUCAGUCAUCAGAGUCUUGAGAGCAAGGAAAUAAAAUCCAGGUGACUACUGAAGAGGAACAGCCACGUGCUCCACACCUCAGCAACCUAGAUAUUACCCAAAACUGAGGCUCAUCCACUGCAGACCAGACUAGUGUACCAUCUGCACGUCAUGUCAUGAAGGGGUGACAGCGUGAGAACUUGACUGUGAGCAUUCCUAUAGGACUGUGGCCAUACACUUUAAAGCUGCUUCCUGUCCGUGUAAGGUCUAUAGUGUAGGCCUCGACUGGAAUACAUAGGAGGACUGUGCAAAAAAAAAAAAAAGAAGUACUAUGAGAUGGUUUGAAUUGCUUCUGAGAAGCAAAUUUCUUUAAAUGCAAAA